GGAGUUGUAGGGGUGUGAUGCCACAACCUGCUUAUAAAGGGGCGCACACAUUGAAGCUUUAAAGCAGUGCAUAACGACUAAUUUUGCAGGUCAUUCACCACGCACAGCCAGCCGUAGACAUGGAGUCGUUUAACGUGGUGGAGACGCUACAGCCUGCCGAAAGAGCGCUCUUCUGGGUCGGUGCACUUAUCACGGCCUCGCUGGCGCUGUGGCUGGUGUACAAGACCAUCACUGGAUUCAGGAUAUGGGUGCUGGGAAACGGGGACUUACUCUCUCCCAAAUUGGGAAAAUGGGCAGUUGUGACGGGAGCCACAGAUGGGAUUGGGAAAUCCUAUGCGGAGGAGCUUGCUCGACGAGGAUUCUCCAUGAUGCUCAUCAGCCGUUCCCAGGAGAAGCUCGACGAUGUGGCAAAGUCUCUUGAAAGCACCUAUAAAGUGGAAACCAAAACUAUCGCAGUGGACUUCAGUGAAAUUGAUGUCUAUCCUAAAAUCGAAAAGGGUCUUGCUGGACUUGAGAUUGGAAUUCUUGUUAACAAUGUGGGAAUCUCUUAUUCAUACCCCGAAUUCUUCCUCCACAUUCCUGAUUUAGAAAAUUUCAUCACCACCAUGAUCAAUGUCAACAUCACCUCAGUGUGCCAAAUGACUCGUCUGGUGCUGCCCAGAAUGGAGGCAAGAGCUAAAGGUGUCAUCCUCAACAUCUCCUCUGCCAGUGGCAUGUUCCCAGUCCCACUGCUGACCAUCUACUCCUCCACUAAGGCUUUUGUAGACUUCUUCUCACGAGGACUUCAAACAGAGUACAAGUGCAAAGGGAUCAUCAUCCAGAGUGUGCUGCCUUUCUUUGUGGCUACUAAGAUGACCAAGAUCAGGACGCCCACCCUGGACAAGCCCACCCCUGAGCGCUACGUAGCUGCUGAACUGAACACUGUGGGACUGCAGGACCAGACCAACGGCUAUUUCCCUCACGCUGUCAUGGGCUGGGUGACCACUGUUCUGGCCCCCAUCGACCUGGUCCUCAACCUGGGUCUGCGCAUGAACAAGGCCCAGCGUGGUGGGUACCUUAGGAGGAGAAAGCUGCGAUAGGAAGAGAACAUUGUGUGAUAGACUCCAAACGGGCCAAAAUGUUUUACAGAAUACAUGUACUGAGAUUUGAGUCAUUUACAUCUCAAAUCUUUGAAGUGCUGCCUCUUAAACACUCUUUUUGUAUGUGUGUGUGUUAAAUGUUGUUUGUUUUUUGAUUAAAUAUCUGGACAUGCUCACGUUCCACAAUGAAUUGCUAGUUACCCAAAAAGCGGGUUAGUCUUUCUUUGAGGGUGAAUAAAGCAUUGUUUUGCGGGGAGGGUAUUGUGGCCACUGCUGUUGUAAGCAGAGGGGUAUUUAUAUGGUGAUGGUGUUUAUUUAUUUAAUUAACUUUUUUUUUUUCUUUUUUUUUAUCUGGGAGCUUCUACUACUUGCACUCUUCCUGUUAACUUGUUUGCAAUCGUGCCUUAUUGUGAUAAACGGGUGCUGGCCUUAUCAUUAAAUCCAUGGUGGCUAUUUUUUGAAUCUUGUACUGUAUCGAUAUAAAACCGAAGGUCUGAUGUGAGUGUAUUUUUGUACAUUAGCCUUUUCAGGCUGGAAGUUUACUUGUCAGCUUGGUUUAUUUAAAACCUUUGCUUUUUUUUUUUUAUAUAUAUAAUAUGAAACUUGGUCACGAUGAUUGAUAGGAGAUCUAAUGCACGUUUACAUAAUCGUUUUAUUUCAAUCCACUGAAGAUAUAAAGGUGUGGUGGAAUGUUACCAGUUUGUCUAGGGAAUUAUCCAAAGAUGGAUUUGAAUACCUCCAUAUAGUGUUGAUCUCUGUAUGAUUAUUUUCGGACCAGUGCCAGGCAGGUUAAAACUUGAAUGUUUUCAUUCCAGACGUGUGAGAGUGGAACGCAUUGUGCUGCUUUACUGAUGUGUGACAAUCUAAAAAUGCCUGUUUGUUAAUAAUAAAAAAAAAGACUUUUCUCUAUUGA